CGGCGCUCCACUGGCGCUGCCUUUCUGGCCUCCACGUGGGUUUUGCAGCCAUGGCGGAUCCAGGAGGAGCGAGGGAGGAGAAAGGUCCCACUCCGGAUCCGGCGCCAGCCCGCCGAGGCCCCCGCCGGGUGGCUCACCAGAUCCCCCAGGAGAUCCUCUCAGACCCUGAGCUCCAGGCCGCCUUGGCCUCCCUCCCCAGCAACUACAACUUUGAGGUCCACAAGACGGUGUGGAGGAUCCGGCAGACCGGGGCGAAGCGGGUGGCGCUGCAGAUGCCUGAAGGCCUCCUCAUGUUCGCCUGCACCCUGGCAGACAUCAUUGAGAGGUUCACAGAGGCCGAGGCCGUGGUGAUGGGCGAUGUGACCUACGGGGCCUGCUGCGUGGACGACUUCACCGCCCGGGCGCUGGGAGCCGACUUCCUGGUCCACUACGGCCACAGCUGCCUGGUUCCCAUCGACUCCACGCAGGGAGUGAAGAUGCUCUACGUCUUUGUGGACAUCAAGAUUGACACAGCACACUUUGUGGAGACCCUGCGCUUCAACUUCCCUGCAGGGGCCGCGCUGGCCCUCGUCAGCACCGUCCAGUUCGUCUCGGCGCUGCAGGCUGCCCGGCAGGCGCUCCAAGCCGACUACUCCAUCUGCACCCCGCAGUGCAAACCUCUCUCACCCGGGGAGCUGCUGGGGUGCACAGCUCCCCGCCUGGCCCAGGCCACGGACGCCAUCAUUUACCUGGGAGACGGCCGUUUCCACCUGGAGUCCAUCAUGAUCGCCAACCCAGGGAUUCCUGCCUACAGGUACGACCCCUACAGCAAGGUCUUCUCGCAGGAGCACUACGGCCACGAGCGCAUGCAGAGGACGCGGAAGGAAGCCAUCCGGGAGGCGUCUCGUGCCGGAAAGUGGGGCCUCAUCCUGGGGACGUUGGGGCGCCAGGGGUCCCCGGCCAUCCUGGAACACUUGGAGUCCACCCUCCGGUCCUUGGGGCGCCCCUACAUCCGCCUCCUGCUCUCGGAGAUUUUCCCUGGCAAACUGCAGCUGUUCCCCGAUGUUGAGGCGUGGGUCCAGGUGGCUUGUCCCAGGCUCUCCAUCGACUGGGGGGAGGCCUUCGGAAGACCUCUCCUCACGCCCUACGAGGCCGCCGUGGCUCUGCAACAGGUCCAGUGGCAAGAGACCUACCCCAUGGAUUUCUACGCCAGCCAGUCGCUGGGGCCUUGGACGGUGAACCACAGCAGCAGCCGCCAGCCGCAGAGGGGGAGCCGGGAGAAGGAGGUGAUCCCGGCCAAGGCCACGCUCCAGCCCGAGAAGAAAGCCUGUGGGCGCUGCGACUGCCGAGAGGAGGAGGAGAAGGAGAAGAAGGAAGAGGUGCCGCUGCCCAGCCCUCAGCCUUGAGGCUCCGCGCCAGACCUGGGGGUUCAGGCGGGUCCUGGGACCACACUGAGCUGUCGGGCACAGAACCGGCUUGGCAGCACCCCUGAGGAACAGCAGGGCUGGCGCUCUGGGGCACAAACACCAGCCAAGCCCAGAGGAUGCGCCUCCAAGGAGGCAAGCGGCCGUUGCUGCCCUGCAGUGUGGGGGCCAAAGUCUAGCCCAGUGGCUCCCCAAAUGUGUGGGACUAACUCUUGGGGGGCGGUGGGAUCACCUAGGGGUGAUAAGAGGAAGGGGGGGCAGGGGGCGCUGGAGGAAGCCCCUCCGAGCUCAUGCGCCGCUGUUUUGCGAUUGACCAGACUAGAAGCUCGAGUGAAACUUUUUCCUCGCUUCGUUUUUAAAGGUUUACUGCUCUUACCAUUUUCAAAGCUGUUUUCCUUUGGGGACGUUUCUUUGCAUUUACAAUUCUGCGUCGUCCCAAGAUGGCCAAUUAUUGGUAAUAGCUAUCGAUUUUCUUAUAAACUGGUUACCGUACGUCUGUAGUAGGUGAAGGUUUGUGCCUGUUUGGCGAGUACAAACCAUAUGCUAUAAAUUUCCUUCUCCCUUAUGUUUUCCACCAUUGGAAUGCGUAAAAGAGUUUUCAAGCGUUUCUCCUUGAAGACAACACUUUAUGCUUGGUAAUAAUUAAAAAUGUUUCCAAAUAUACAUAUAUUUCUAUUUUUCAUGCAAUAUUCUUUGAAGCACAUUCUUUUUUCAGCUCCAUGAUUAGAGGGGAGCAUAUAUUUAUUUUUGCCUAUGUUUAUUUUUUUGAAAUAAAUGUACAAUGAAUCAUU